AUGUCUUCGUAUGAUUCAUCCAAUCUGAAUCAACCUUCCAUCAUUGCGGAGAGGAUUGAUCAUGUCUAUACUGUAGGACAAAAUCAUUCCACCCAAAUUUCGGAUCCAUACUUUUGGUUAAGUGAGAGAGAGAAUCCGAAAGUGAGAGAAUAUUUGGAAAGCGAAAAUGAAUAUCAACAGAGUGUGUUAAAACACACAGAAGAGUUGCAAGAAAAGUUAUUUUAUGAAAUCAAGAACCGUAUUAAACAAACCGAUAAUACAGUUCCAUACAGAAUGAAAGACUAUGUUUAUUAUUCAAAGACUGAAGAUGGAAAGCAAUUUUCAAUUUAUUGCAGAAAGCCAAUCAUCAAUGAAAAUGAACACGGAAACGAACAAGUCUUGCUAGAUUUGAAUGAAUUGGCGGAAGAAUUAAAAACCAAUUUCGUAAAUUUGGGAAUUUACAAAGUGUCUCCAUCGCAAGAUUUAUUGGCCUACUCAAUUGACACUGAUGGAUCCGAGUAUUAUGAUUUGUAUGUGAAAAAUUUAAACACUGGAAAGCUUUUGAGAGAUCGAAUUGAUAAGAGCUCCAAAAUUGCAAGAUCUUUUGAAUUUAGCACAGAUUCUAGAACUGUGGUUUUUACGAUUUAUGAUGAUACUCAUAGACCAUACAAAGUUUUUAGAACCAAGCUUGAUAUUGACACCUACGUUGAUGAGAGAUCACAAUGUAAACCAAUUGAGCUUGACAAUUGUGAACUUUUGUACACUGAUCAUGACGAAAAGUUUUUCGUUUCAGUCCGAAAGACUCUCUCUGAACAAUAUGUAUUCAUUGAUUCAUCUUCAAACAUUACAUCCGAAUGUCAUUACUUGCAAGCAAACGAUUUAGAAACAGGAACUUUUAAAUUAUUUGGAGACAAACCAAGAAAAACAGGCUUGGAAUUCUCAGUGACUCAUCAAGGUGACUAUUUUUACAUUGUUCACAAUGAAGGAGACAAUGUAAACUUUAAGGUGACACGAACUCCAAUCACCAAUCCAUGUUUUGAUACUGCCGAAGAUUUUGUGCCUUACAAUGAAAAAUUUUAUUGUGAAGCAUUACUGGCCUUUAACAAACAUUUGGCACUUUUUGGUCGAAGUGGAGGGGUUCCAAAACUUGUCAUUCUCGAUCCACAGCGCAAGGUGGCACCUCGUGAAGUCGAAUUUCCGGAACCAUCCUUUGAUUUGAGCCCAAGUAAUAACAAAGAAUACGACACAUUCAAAGUGAGAAUUUCCUAUUCUUCCUUUCUGACACCGCCCACUGUGUAUGAUUACGACAUGGAAAAUGACAAGCUCAUUGUUCUGAAACAAGAUGAAGUUCUUGGUGGUUACGACAAGACAAUCUACAAACAAGAAAAAAUUUCAGCAAAAUCUCGAGAUGGAGUGACUGAAAUUCCUAUUUCUAUUGUGUACAAGAAGAGAUCAGAACAGAAUCCACUUGUUCUUGAUGGAGAUAAUCCUCUUCUCUUGUAUGCGUAUGGAUCUUAUGGAGCAUGCAUUGAUGCUUACUUUUCAUAUGCAUUGUUCAGUUUAUUGGAUAGAGGAUUUGUUUAUGCACUUGCUGCUAUUAGAGGAGGAGCUGAGAACGGAAGAAACUGGUAUUUGGAUGGAAAAUUACUCAAAAAAAAGAACACGUUCAAUGACUUUAUUGAUUGCGCAGAAUAUUUAAUUAAUGAGAAAUACACAAAGCCUGAAAAAUUGGCCAUCUAUGGUGGUUCUGCAGGAGGCCUAUUAAUUGGAGCUGUUGUGAAUAUGAGACCAGAAUUAUUUAAGGCAGCAAUUCUUCAAGUACCAUUUGUUGAUGUCAUUAAUACCAUGUGUGACGCUACGUUACCGUUGACGGUCACUGAAUAUGAGGAGUGGGGUUGUCCUCUCGAAAAGGAAUAUUUUGAUUAUAUGAAGUCAUAUUCACCAUAUGAUAAUAUUGAAAAUGAUGAAAAUAUUGAUAAGCCAUACCCAAGUAUUUUGAUCGAUCAAUCAUUUAAUGACACUCGUGUGAACUAUUGGGAAGGAGCUAAAUAUGUUGCACGAUUAAGACAUUUCUUUGCCACUAAAAAGAAGAAUCAAAACACAAGUGUCAUCUUGUGCAAGACCAACAUGUCACAAGGCCACUCAGGAAGUGCAGGAAGAUAUGAUCGAUACAAGGAAACAGCAUUUAGAUAUGCUUUCUUAAUUGACCAGCUGAUUGGAAAAAUGGAAUAA